GCGAUCAAUCCUGAGCUUCCUAACCUUCCAUGUGGUCGCUUGAGGCUAGUGAAGCCUGGGGAGAUCUCGGGGGCUCUUGAGCAGCCUGCCGCUCAUCCUUGUUGGCAUCGGCUGCGGCAUCCACCUGAUGGGAACUGUUGUGGACGGGUUUCCUCGUGGCUUCUAUGGGCCUGGACAGUUGCUCUUUGUCGACGUCAGAGUUGGGAACAUUCUCGUCGACCUCGUCUCAGGCUGCGGGCCGGGCCGUUCCCGCGGGCUCGGUGGUCGUUUCCCUAGAUCUCGUUGCUUUCGUCGUGCGGGCGCAAUGAGUCUUUCAAAAUCCAACACAUUCCCAGGCAAUCAUUUCCCAAAAUCCAAGACAUUUCCCGACUGCUCGCCAGCUUUGAAUAGGUCCACAAGCUUGUGUCCCGGCUCCUCAUCGCCCGUGAUCAUGAACACAUAUGCCACUGCUAGGCCCGCCGAAGGGAGUAGGAUUAGGCAACUGAUGCAGUGGUUACGGGGCUUCAGUUCGACCCAGGCGCCGAACAAGCCGCAGAAGGGACCCGCAAGUCCGACAACAAGAAUAAAGUCUUCGAAUACGGCCAGUACAAUGAAGAGGCUCCCAACCACGCCACCAUCGAGAGCCUUUCCUUCUUCGACCGCCGAAGCUAGGGCAUACAGUUGGAGGAAAAAGAUGAUUGGAGAAGGCGCUCCUAGUAGCAGGCCCAAGAAUAACCUUUUCCGUAGCUCUGGAUGCCACCAGUCAGCAACCAGGGCCAUGUUCUGUGCCUCCAAAUCGCUCGCUGCCGACCUCGCGUUCAUUUAUCACGACAGCCAAGAUAUUAGAAUGGCAUGCCUAUCCGUCGCAUCGGUAGUGAUCCUUGGUACGAGACAAGAGUGUCAGAGCCAAGGAGUGGUCGUCACAGGCCGCUGGGUGUCUUCCUCUAUAUGA